AUGAAUGAAGCUUUUAUGAUUAAGAUUGAAUGGAGACUGCUGACUGAAAAGGACAGCCUGUGGGUCCAAGUUAUUCGCGGGAAAUAUUUACGCAAAACUGAGGCAGGAUGGGUCCCAAGAGUAACGGGAAGAUUAUCCAAUCUUUGGAGAGGGGUGAUUCGUGUUCUACACUACAUCCCAGAAGGAUCUAUGUGGAAUAUCAAUAGCGGCAUGCAAACGCUGUUCUGGACCGAUCGUUGGCUUCAAGAUGGGCCGCCGCUAGCUAUCUUUGCGAUUAAUCUCCCCGAGGCAGCAAGAGGAAUUACGGUGGCGGAAAUGGUCAUGAAUGGCAGCUGGAAUGAGGCCUUUGCUCGCGUGUUCCUCCCCGAGGAUAUAGUGGAACAACUAUUGCUACAUCCAAUCCCGCAAGGCAUUGAGACGGAUGGCCUAUUUGGAGGCUCUCCUCUUCAGGACGCUUUACGAUGA